CACGGUGAUCGUUGCAUCGUCGUCAAUUAGUGAAAUCAGUAACCAAGCUUUUAAAAUAAAGGAAAACCUCCUACUCCGCUAUACAUAUAAUUACUUUCAUUAUUUAGCUACUUUUCCGGCAGCCGCAACAAACGCUGGCCCAAGCCUGCAAAUUGUUGCCAGCAACUGACCCGCUGGCUGCGCACUGGCAUUUGUUCAACUACUCAAAAAUGCACUUUGUAAACAAACCUUUUGGGUGUUGGCCACAUCAAGCGGCUCAUCUGGAUGAAAUGAAAAGGCUGUUAGAUGUAAUGCAGCAACGUGCUCCCGAUGUUGAACAUCAGUUCAAAGAAAAGUCAAAUGAGUUGGAAAUGGCGCAGCUUAUCAUACGCCAGUUGUCGGAUAAGGCCAAUGUAAACCAAGGCCGCAAUCGGAUAGAGACCUCGACGCAGACGCAAUUUAUGUACGAGCAACAGAUUAGAGACUUACAAGCUAUGGUGCAACAAUUGACGUAUGCCAAAGAAAGGAAUUUAUGAUGGUCACAAAUAUAUUGGCAAAAACAUAGCAAGUGCAUAUGCCAAGUUGGAAAAAUUGACAAUGCGUGAGUAUAAA